CGUGUAUAGUAACUUUCACGUUUGGCGGGGUUCUGUGACGUUGUGAAGGCUCGGGGUAAGCGGCCGCUCCAGAAAAAUAGUAACAUUUUCCCAUUUCCAUAUUACUCCGCGUCGAAUUAUCAAACAUUGCACUUUUGUUGCUCAUUCUAUCAUCUAAACAUAUUGAAUCAUUGUGAGUCAUUUUUUACAUCAAUAGAUAUUCAUCCUUCUCUAUUCAAAGCUCAAAUAAAUCCCCAGUCAUCAUCCACACCCAGUGCCAAGUCCGGUAAACAGAAUCGCCUCAGAUAGGCAGAACUCGACAAGAUAUAAAUUACCUUUUGCGCAUAUAAAUUUGGGCCUAAUAUUUCAUUUAAAUCAAAGGCAUAUACAUUUAUCUCAAAUUAAUCUAUAGAAUGCCGAUCGUCAAUCCAGAAAAGCUAGUUGCCCUACAGCAAAAUGCUCAAGACAUUAGAAAUGUAAGUCUUUGGCGGGGCAGGUUUUAUGUUAGGACUCUCAAUGCUAACAAUGUCCUCUCGAGAUAUGCAUAUUAGCACAUGUUGUAAGUAUAUGCCCCGUUCUUGUACAUCUUGUUUCCAUUGCUAAUAUCUUCAGGAUCAUGGGAAAACUUCACUUUCAGAUGCUCUGAUUGCCACAAAUGGCAUCAUUUCUCCCAAACUCGCCGGUAAAAUACGAUACCUUGACUCUCGACCGGAUGAACAGACACGCGGGAUUACUAUGGAAUCAUCUGCCAUAUCAUUAUAUUUCUCCAUGUUAAGACGAAAUGCACCAGAUGCUACGCCCGAGCAAAAAGAAUACUUGAUCAAUUUGAUAGAUUCGCCUGGACAUAUCGAUUUCAGCAGUGAGGUAUCAACUGCCUCACGAUUAUGCGAUGGCGCUGUUGUUUUAGUGGAUGCUGUCGAGGGAGUUUGUAGUCAGACUGUUACGGUUUUGAGGCAGACAUGGGUAGAACAUAUGAAACCUCUCCUGGUAAUAAACAAGAUGGACAGGCUUAUUACGGAAUUGAAGAUGACCCCAGCCGAAGCAUAUACACAUUUAAGCAAACUGUUGGAGCAAGUCAACGCUGUACUUGGAAGCUUUUUCCAAGGGGAGCGAAUGGAGGAGGACUUAAAUUGGAGAGACAGAGUGGAUGAGAGAAUUGCCGCUGCCGCUGCGAAAGAACAAGAACGAUCAGGGAAUGACGGAAGCACCUCAAUUGAUACCGAAGCUAUGAACGAAUUCCAAGAAAAAGAUGAUGAGGAUAUCUACUUUGCACCAGAAAAGAAUAAUGUCAUAUUCAGCAGCGCCAUUGAUGGAUGGGCAUUCACAGUUAGACAGUUCGCCAGCUUAUAUGAAAAGAAAUUGGGAAUCAAGAGAACUGCAAUGGAGAAGGUUCUAUGGGGAGAUUUCUACUUGGAUCCGAAGACCAAAAAAGUCCUUGGACCAAAACAUCUCAAGGGGCGAAAUUUAAAACCAUUGUUUGUCCAAUUAGUUUUGGAACAGGUGUGGGCUGUUUAUGCAGCAACAACGGGUGGUGACAAAGGGAAGGGGUGCGUGGAUUUCUAUCUCUCCUUAAACUUGUUUAUAUAUCUAAUCUUAUGCAAUUUAACUAUCAAUUCUAACUCAAGUCUAUUUAGUGAUCCUGUCAUGACAGAAAAGAUUACCAAGUCAUUAAACAUUACCUUACCUACACAUGUUACACGUUCCCGCGAUCCACGAGCCAUCCUUACUACAUUGUUCUCAGCAUGGCUUCCAUUAUCAACUGCUCUAUUGGUUUCUGUCAUUGAAUCUUUACCUGCUCCACCUGCUGCUCAAGAAGGGAGACUACCAGCACUCAUCGACGCAUCUCCUGGUGCAUCGCAUGUAGAUCCCAAGGUUAGAGAAGCAAUGAUCAAAUUCAAGACUUCAAAAGAUGAGCCAGUUGUGGCUUAUGUCAGUAAGAUGGUUUCGAUACCGGAGAGUGAACUACCUGAGAAUAAGCGACGUGGGGGUGCUCUAAGCCCUGAAGAAGCCUUGGAGAUGGGUCGACGCAAGCGAGCCGAAAUUGCACGACAGCAGGCUUUGGAAGGAGCCUCUGAAUCUGUGGAUGGAGUAUCCGAUGCACUUGGAUCAGUAAGCCUUGAGGAGCCUGCCGAGGAAGAGAAGAAACUCGAUCCAGAACAUCUGAUAGGUUUUGCACGUAUAUAUUCCGGGAAUUUAUCUGUAGGAGAUUCUAUUUAUGUACUACCGCCAAAGUUCUCACCUGCACACCCACACAAUAGUCCUGAACCACAGAAAGUUACAGUCACGGCGUUAUACUUAUUGAUGGGCCGUGGAUUAGAACCGCUUACUUCUGUUCCAGCUGGUGUUGUAUUUGGUAUUGGAGGUCUUGAAGGCCAUAUACUCAAAUCUGGAACCCUCUGCAGUCAAUUGGAAGGUAGUGUCAAUCUUGCAGGAGUUAACAUGGGUUCUCAACCUAUCGUCCGUGUUGCUUUAGAACCAGCUUGGCCUGGAGAUCUCGACAAGAUGAUUCGAGGUCUGAAGUUACUCGUUCAGAGUGAUCCUUGUGCUGAGUAUGAGCAAUUUGCCAGUGGUGAACAUGUUCUACUUACAGCAGGAGAAUUACAUUUGGAGCGUUGUUUGACAGAUCUUCGUGAGAGAUUUGCAGGAUGUGACAUCCAGGCAGGAGAGCCGAUUGUACCAUACCGAGAAACCAUUGUUAGAGCCGAAGACAUGAAACCUCUAGCAAAUAAGGAACUUGGAAGAGGUACUGUUGUAUUGUCAACUACAUCGAAACAAAUCACGAUUCGAUUACGUGUAAGACCACUCCCAGUGGAGGUAACUGAGUUCUUAGUCAAGAAUGCUGGCGCCAUCAAGAGACUUUAUUCUGAUCGUCAAGCGGAGGAAAAGAGCAAGAAGACUAGCGAUGAUUCCACUCAAGAGACAAUUGAACAGGAAGAGGUCGAUGAACUAUUGGGUGGCGAAAAAGUCUUGUCAUUGGCUGAAUUCAAAAAAGAACUACAAAAAACCUUCGAAGGAGUAAAAGGUCAAAAAGAUAUUUGGGCUUCAGCUGUGGAUCAAAUUACUGCUUUUGGUCCACGAAGGACUGGACCUAAUCUUUUACUUGACUCCACAACAGAUGGAAUCCUUGGAAAAUUGUAAGCUCUAGCACAUUCUUAUUUAGCUACAGGACACUAACGUUACAUAGCCUUCGCGAAGACACCACUACCGACUCCCAAGACUCAACAGCUCAAAAUCAAGCACUUCAAGCCCGGUCCUUUUCCGAUAAAAUUAGCUAUGCUUUCCAACUCGCCACUGCCCAAGGUCCUCUCUGCAAUGAACCUAUCCAAGGAAUCGCUGUUUUCCUCGAAGAUGUCACCAUAGCCCCUUCCACUGACGAUGAAUCAUCAACCCGUGAUAACUUUGGUCGAUUAACUGGUGAAGUGAUUAAAACCGUUCAACAGGCUAUUAAACAAGGUUUCUUGGAUUGGUCCCCAAGACUUAUGCUUGCUAUGUACUCGUGUGAAAUUCAAGCUAGUAGUAAGUUCUCUUUACAUUACUCAUAAAUACCCUGAGGUUCAUAUAGAAAAUAAAUAAAAGCUAACACAAACCCAACAGCCGAAGUACUCGGCCGCGUCUAUGACGUUCUCACCCGUCGUCGUGGACACAUCCUCUCCGAAUCCCUUAAAGAAGGAACGCCCUUCUUCACCAUCGUAUCACUUCUCCCUGUGGCCCUCUCCUUUGGUUUCUCAGAUGAAAUCCGCAAGAGAACAUCUGGAGCAGCUAGUCCCCAGUUAAUCUUCCAGGGCUACGAGAUAUUAGAUGAAGAUCCCUUCUGGACACCCUUUACCGAGGAUGAUUUGGAGGAUCUGGGAGAGCUGGCUGAUAAGGAGAAUGUGGCCAAGAAAUAUAUGGAUGGUGUGAGGAAGAGGAAGGGCUUGAGAGUCGAGGGGGAAAAACUUGUUAGGGAUGCAGAGAAACAGAAGACGUUGAAGAGGUAGAUGUAUAUGUACAUGUAAAUAGAAUUCAGCGCAUAAAAGAAAGAAAGUUUCGAGCUUGCUUAGUAGAUCGUGUAAAAUAUACUUGUGGAAU